GUAGCCAUGUCUUCCAGCUCAGCAAUGCUGCGAAUCUUGAUAAAGGGCGGGAAAGUGGUGAAUGAUGACUGCACCCAGGAGGCCGACGUCUACAUCGAGAACGGCAUCAUCCAGCAGGUGGGGAAGGAGCUAAUGAUCCCGGGAGGGGCCAAGGUGAUCGACGCCUCAGGGAAACUGGUGCUUCCUGGUGGCAUCGACACCAGUGUCCACCUGGAGGAGACCUUCAUGAAUGCUGUGACGGCAGAUGAUUACUACAGCGGCACCAAGGCUGCUUUAGCCGGAGGCACAACGAUGGUGAUCGGACACGUUCUGCCAGAAAAAGACGAGUCUUUGCUGGAAGCCUACGAGAAGACUCGCAGCUCAGCGGACUCUAAAUCCUGCUGUGACUACGCUCUGCAUGUGGGAGUUACGUGGUGGGGACCCAAGGUGCAAGCUGAGAUGGAGAAACUCGUGAGAGAGGAAGGAGUGAAUUCCUUCCAGAUGUUCAUGGCUUACAAAGACACGUUCAUGCUAAGGGACAGCGAGCUCUUCCAGGCCCUGCAGCACUGUAAGGACAUCGGCGCCGUCGCGAGGGUCCACGCUGAGAACGGGGAGCUGGUGUCCGAGGGUGCGAAGGAAGCGUUAGAUCUGGGCAUCAGUGGCCCAGAAGGGAUUGAAAUCAGCCGCCCUGAAGAGCUGGAAGCAGAAGCAACGCACCGGGCGAUUACAAUCGCCAACAGGGCUCACUGUCCCAUUUAUCUGGUGAGCGUGUCCAGCAUGUCUGCAGGAGAUGUGGUGGCUUCAGCCAAGAUGCAAGGGAAGGUUGUUCACGGAGAAACGACCACGGCGUACGCCGUCCUGAACGGCAUGCAGUAUUAUCAUCAGGACUGGUGCCACGCUGCCGCCCACGUCACUGUGCCCCCUCUGCGUCUGGACCCCAGCACUCCAAACUACCUGAUGAGUCUGCUGGGAAACGACAGUCUGAACGUUGUGGCAUCAGACCACCGUCCUUUCACCAUCAAACAGAAAGCUAUGGGCAAGGAUGAUUUCACAAAGAUUCCUCACGGCCUUCCUGGCAUUCAAGACCGCAUGAGCGUGAUCUGGGAGAAAGGAGUGAUUGGAGGUAAAAUAGAUGAAAAUCGUUUUGUCGCGGUUACAAGUUCAAACGCAGCCAAGAUCUACAACCUCUACCCCCGGAAAGGCAGGAUCAUCCCUGGAGCUGAUGCUGACGUGGUGGUCUGGGACCCCGAAGGAUCCAAGACCAUUUCGGUGGAUAACCAGUUCCAGGGCGGGGACAUAAAUCUGUACGAAGGCCUCCGCUGUCAUGGCGUGCCCCUGGUUACCAUCAGCCGCGGACGUCUGGUCUAUGAAAAUGGCAUGUUCACGUGUGCCGAGGGUUCUGGGAAAUUUUGCCCUUUAAGGACUUUCCCAGAUUAUCUCUACAAGAAGAUGGUUCAGAGGGAAAAGAGCCAAGCAGUAAAAGCUGUUGAACGAGAGCCCUACACAGGAGAAGUUGUUGCCGUGGUGAAUUCAGGAAAGAGGGACCUGGGAGCUUCAGAACUGGACACCCCGACACGCCCAAGCACACGGCAUGGGGGUGUGAGGGACCUCCAUGAGUCCAGCUUCAGCCUGUCAGGUGCCCAGAUUGACGACAGCGUUCCAAAAAGGUCCUCAGCCAGGAUCCUGGCUCCUCCUGGAGGCAGAUCCAGCGGGAUCUGGUAACGAAGCAGCCACGUGAAGUGGGAGAAUGAAGACUGGGGGAACGUUUGGCCACAAGCAAGACUUGUUUUUCUGUCUGGAGUCUUAGAUCAUGUGCACUUUUUAUUUUUACUGUAGUUUCUUUGGACUGUGGAACAGUUUGCCUUUGUGACCUGGGAAACUUUUCUUAUGUUGCAACAGCAGCCAGAGUUCAAAGGUUAAUCAAAUACGAGGAGCAAAAUAAAAAUGUUUAAUUUGAAUCUUGUUAGAAAAGUAAAUCUAACUUUUUGUGUUAGGAAGACGAAGGUGAGUCGUGGUUUCAAUGCAGUUGUGUUGCCUCAAUGUACAGUACAACUGUUGCACUUGCACCAUGUUCUAAUCUGACGUCUUUUUACACAGUUCAACACCACAACAUCUUUUUACUACAAGCCGCAGUGACUGAAACAUAAUUAAUAAUUACCAGGAUGCUACAAGACGAUAACAUGUUGGGCAUUGAACAAACUGUUGCUAUUGGUCCAUAGGGAAAACAGAAAAUAUAUUUUUUGUUUCUUUAGGCACUUUUUGA